CAUUACAAUAUCUUAUAUCUAACGCAAAUGGAUAGCAAUAGUCUUCAUUACAGACUAUUUCACACACAAUAUCUUAACGAUUGUAAUGCUUUCCCAUUAUAUAAAUCAGCAAAAAACAAUAAAGCAUUUAUACAAAGAUUAUGUCUACAAAAGAAACUACCCGUUCAUAAUGGUUGUGUAAACUCAAUUUGUUGGAAUAAAACCGGACAUUAUAUCCUAUCGGGUUCUGAUGAUCAGCACCUAUGUGUCACACAUGCCUACACUUAUGAAAUAUUGGCAUCGGUCAGGAGUGGUCACCGGAGCAAUAUAUUUAGCGCUAAAUUUCUACCAAAUACUAAUGAUACACAUGUGGUUUCCUGUUCUGGUGAUGGGAUCGUUAUAUUUACAAACUUAGAGAGACCCGACACUAGUCUUGUAAAUGUAUUCAACUGUCAUUUUGGAACAGCCUAUGAGGUGACGACAGUACCUAACGAUCCAAAUACGUUCUUGAGUUGUGGUGAAGACGGAACCGUUCGCUGGUUUGAUCUUAGAAUCAAAACCAACUGUUCAAAAGCCAGUUGUAAUGAAGAUAUUCUAGUCAAUUGUAACUAUGCUGUCACUACUUUGGCUGUCAAUCAUUUAACGCCAUACUAUCUGUGUGUCGGGUGUGCAGACUCUACGGCCCGUAUAUAUGAUCGUAGAAUGUUAGGCACACGUAAUCUUGGUAACUAUUUAGAUGAUAAUUUGCAAUCAAUGGUUUCGAGGAUCACUGUCCCUCAAUUUGACAAUAAAAAUCAUAGGAUAACAUCCCUGUCUUACAGUCCCGAUGGACAGGAAUUAUUAGUAAAUUAUUCGAGUGAAUACAUAUAUCUUUUUAAUAUAAAUGACAAUCAACGCGGCGAUAGAAAAGUUCGUCAAUUAAGUUGUGAUAUUCGCAAACCCAAUGUUAGUACUUCAUCGUCAACUUCAUCAACAAAUCGACCGUUUAUGAAACGCCUUAGAGUUAGAGGUGAUUGGUCUGACACCGGACCUAAUGCACGACCAGAAAGUGAAAGAGAGACUACCACUGAUCACAGCCGACCGCAACCAUUGCACUCAAGUCUUGCGCAGCGAAUGUCUAAUGUAUUGAUGCGGAUAUUUAAUGCAUCGGAAAGACAUUCAUCCGAUAGUAACGAUAAUAAUGACAAUAAUCAGACAAACGAAAAUUCUCAACCAUUACCUCCUAAUAGUAGUGAAUCGCAACUCAAUAAUGAUUUCAAUAUUAAUAACAUUUCUUUACCCUCAUAUACUCCAUCCUCUGCAUCGACAACAGUAAACACAUCCAAUAGUGAUUCACAUUAUGAUCCUCUUGAGCCACAAUUAGCUGAUCAAAGAUUUAACUAUAGUAACGAUAAUACCCAAAAUGAGGUGAAUGUGGUUAACAAUGAUGUUAUAAAUUUGAAUGAAGACACAAAUCUUACCGCAUCUGAUGCCUCCACACAUGUUAUGAACACAAGUUAUGAACGAAUGGAUAUAAUCGAUGAUCAAAAUAUUCAUAAUGAUAGACAUACUGUCAAUAAUCUAUAUAAUGGAAACUCUUCGUCAAACUUUAUACAUGACUAUUCUGAUGAUGACAGCGAUGACAAUAACGAUAAUGAAGACAAUAGAGAUGAAUUGCUUCACUCAUUUGAUGAAGUGAUUAACAACCUGAAGGAUGAACGCGAUUACGAGAAAUUACAAUUACCUAAUGUGUUGAUGCCAUCAAUUAAACAAAAAUAUGUCGGACAUAGAAAUGCUCGUACAAUGAUAAAAGAGGCGACCUUUUGGGGCGACGACUAUGUUAUGAGUGGUAGUGAUUGCGGACAUAUCUUCAUUUGGUCGCGAUAUACGGCAGAAUUAAUUAUGAUUCUCGAGGGAGACCAUCAUGUAGUCAAUUGUCUUCAACCACAUCCCUUUGAUCCAAUAUUAGCUUCGAGUGGAAUCGAUUACGACAUAAAACUGUGGGCGCCUUAUAAUGAACAACCUUUCUUUGAUAUGACAAAAGCUCAAGAGAUAACCACUAGAAAUGAGGUGAUGUUGGAGGAGACAAAAGACACGAUUACAGUUCCGGCCUCUUUCAUGAUCCGUAUGCUUACAUCAUUGAAUCAUUUGAGAUCUAAUAGAGUUUCAUCCCGAUGGCGAAGAAUCGGUGCAGUGGCCAGAGCUGCGUCUGAACACUCGGAGCCUAAUUAG